AUGGCAGAGGCACAAGUCCAAGUCCAAGUCCAAGGAGUGACGACGACGGCGAAGAAACGGGGUCGGCCGGCCAAGAAACAAAGUCUUGAUGAUGAGGGAGUGGUGUUGUUGCAACAGCAGGAGAGCAAGACAGAGGCCGCCGAGAUGGAGAUGGUUCAGGCUCUGAAACCGAAAUCUCGAGGAAGGCCGAGUUCGUCGGCAGCGACGACGGCGUCAAAGACGUCUUCUCUGGCAGCGUCGGCGAGGUCGGGGAGAGCAAAGCAAGUUCCUCCUACUGCUGGUGCUGGUGGUGCCGCCGUCGAGGAGGAAGUGGUUGGUUGCGUGUCCUCAGGAAAAGGGUCGGCGUCGGCCAAGAGGAAACCAUCGGCUCCUGCUGCUGGUGUCAAGACUCCAGAAGCCGCUCCAUCCAAGGCUCGCAAGUCGACCGCAGCAAAGGUUUCUUCGAGCCAAAACGACACAGCGAGCUCUACCUCUACCUCUAGCUUAGCGACAUUGACAGCGACAGCGACAGCGACCGUGACGGGGAAAAAGACCAAGGCAAAAGCCACAGCCAAAAAGGGAGAAACAGAAAUCUCGUCGCAGACGACCUCGCAACAACCCGGCACGUCUCGCCUGUCAACCUCGUCCUCGACCUCAACCUCCAAGAUCCUGGGCCACGCCAAAGCCUUUUCCGAGAAAUCGAGUCAGCUCCAGCGAGAUAUUUUAAAGCUUGUCAACGAGAGAGAAGCCCGGCAUUUAUCGUCGCGGGAUAUUGAAGCCGAGAUACUUGAGAUGUCAUCACAUAUCCCUUCUGGGGCGGACACAAAAUCCCCAGUACCAGCACCAGCGCCAACUCUCGAGACUAGCUCGACCGGGCCUCGAUACUCGAUAGACGAGGCAUCGAGCAUGCUGGCUGCGGCAAACGCAGCACCGAACAUGAAUCACAACACCACUCUGACAAGUGACGCCGCCCCUGUACAUGUAUUUCCCUCCCAGACAAUCGCCUCACUCAGUCAACAGCAACACUUCUACCCACCGCCCUCGGUCCUGUCCGCCCCUAUCGCAACCGCCCAAACCCAGCACCAAGUCCGCGGGUACUCGUCGACAAAAGCCCUGCCCAUGUCCACCACCAUCGCCCUCGCGGCCCGUCAGCAAAACAACCCCAACGCGAGUGGCGGGUCGAGACCGUCCAUGCCGCCGCGCCCGACGAUCCCUCCCGAGGUGCCCAACGCGCCGAAACUGACCGAGUUGCCGCUCGAGCAGUUGAAGAAGGAUCCCCGGUACAGAAAGGCGUCGACGCGGUAUACCACUUUUGUGGUGGCGCUGCCGUUUGCGAUUGUCAGCAGUUAUUUCUUGUGGGAGAGGUGUAAGUUUUUCCAUCCAUCCUUCUUCCCUUAG